CCUUUUCCGGCGGUGACGACCUCCUCCGGAGAACAUGCCUCUCGCAAAGGAUCUUCUCCAUCCCUCUCCUGAAGAGGAGAAGAGGAAACACAAGAAGAAGCACCUGGUGCAGAGGCCCAACUCCUACUUCAUGGAUGUGAAAUGCCCAGGAUGCUAUAAAAUCACCACGGUGUUUAGCCAUGCACAGACAGUAGUUUUGUGUGUUGGUUGCUCCACUGUCCUCUGCCAGCCUACAGGAAGGAAAGCAAGGCUUACAGAAGGAUGUUCCUUCAGAAGGAAGCAGCACUAAAAGCACCGAGAACCAAGAUGAGCAGGAAACUGUCCCAAUAAACACAUUUUGGAUUAAACAAACAAACGAACGGGGCUGGGGAUAUGGCCUAGUGGCAAGAGUGCUUGCCUCGUAUACAUGAGGCCCUGAGUUCGAUUCCCCAGCAC